GAAGCCCAGAGGAGCCAAGCGAUCAUGUCAGAACCCAUAAAAGGCCGGGCUUUGAUCAUCGCCAUGACCAAAUUUCACAGUAGGUCGAGAGCGAGUCCGAAUGUAUUGGGACGGCGCAAAGGAGUGACGCGUGACACAAAACGGCUCUUCAAGGCACUCUCCCAUCUUGGCUACAAAGUCACCCUUCAGGAAGAUGUCAGUGCCAAGGAAAUCCGAGAAAUCUACCAAAAAGAAAGUCGCAUGCCACAAGGAGAAUGCUUCAUCAGCAUCCUGUCCAGUCACGGCGAAGAGGGGCUAAUCUAUGACUUCUAUGGCGAACCUGUAUUUCUACGAGAUCUCUACGAUAUCCUUUCUCCGCGCAACAGCCCUGCACUGGCUGGAAUACCCAAGUUAUUCUUUAUACAGGCGUGUCGGGGGAAAGACUUUGAUGAAGGAGUGGUGGUGGAGACUGACUCCGCUUCGUGUGAAACCUUCUCCCAUAGCUGGUCAAUUCCAAGUGACACGGUGGUCAUGUUUGCAAGCAGUGAAGGGUACGUGGCUUUUCAGAAUCCCAUCGGCUCGGUCUUCCUGCAGACCUUGUGUGAUAUCAUGGAGGGCGAGGGACGAUACCUUGAGCUGAGCCAGAUCUUCACCCGAAUAUCCUACAAUGUGGCGUACAAGUUCCAGAGUCGCGGGCUGUAUGAAGGCUAUAAAGAGAUGCCCUGCUACAUAACCAACCUGACCCAGCAACUAUGGCCAUUCAGACAUCUAGGGAACGCCCGCUGACCUUCCCAGGCUAGACAAGGACUUCCUCAAACAUUUCACAAGUCCCAUUGUAUGACAUCAUCCUAACCCAGUGACAUUUUUCC